AUGCAUACUUCAACUAUUUUCGACCAAACUGAUCGCACCGGAACCGCCCGCUACGACGGCGCCGACCCCGAUGAAUAUUUAAGUGACUCAAGCAGUUGUACUGAUAAUAGAUCCGACUUAGGGUCAGAUGAUUAUAAUGACUAUGAGUCUAAUUAUGAGUCGGAUAAUGAAGAAGCUCCCUGCGCUUCAACCAGCAAUCAAGACUCCAUUGGUUCAACCACCAAAUGGUCUAGUUUAUAUAAUGCUUAUGACCGGGAUGAAGUGGAAGAUAAAUUGGUUAUCAAAAUCGACCAAGAUGGUGAUCGAUCCCCAACGUUUUCCGUUGCAGAUGAUAUUUCUGAAGUAUACGGCUUGCCUGGGAUUCAUGAAUGUAUUAACGGUCAAAACCCUUUAAGAGCCGUAAUCGAUAUAGAUGCUUUACAAGAAGAUAUGGAAGCAAAUGGUGUUAAGGCACAAGAAGUAUUCAUUCGAAUCUGUUUAUCUUUCAUAAGAGCUUUGUAUCGAAUUCUUGAUUGUAGCUGGGAAGAUAUUCUCAGGGGAUUGAAGUCGCAGUACAGACUCACUAACCUUCAAAUUCAAUACAUUAUAGAUCGAGUGAACUUAACUGUCACCAAUAAAACCGUGAACAAUGUUUACGAUCAGAGUCAUGUGACUUCGGAAAUGAUCACUAGUGACACAACUGCUCCGAUCACACUGCUGAGCAUGGGUCAUAUAACUAGCGAAAAAAUCGUAAAUGCAUCUCAAACCACACCAGCUGAAGUACCAGCAUUCUCUCAGCCAAAUGCUUCACCAGAAAUGAUUUCAUCAGACAUGUUUCAAGCAAGUGUAUCAUCUGCAUCCCAAUCUAAGCCAGCUUAUGAUCAUUCCUAUUUUCGCAACAAGAUAUUGGAUCAAUAUCCUAAUAUAUAUAGAGAAUGUAGUAGUGAAAAUUUCGAUUAUUAUGGGAUUACUGAUGAGAUGUCAUGCGGGGACUAUAUCUGCCCACUAUGCAAAUUAGGUCAUGAUGAUGAAGAAAUAGAAGGUAGGUAUAAAGCAGGAUCUUACUUUAUUAAAUGUGAACAGCGUGAAAUUGAGAUAGUUGCGUAG